ACGUCACCUGCUCUAAACUCCUAUUUAUCCCAAAGCCGAUCCCUUUCCCCUGUCAAAGCUAAACAACACAUGGGUUCCUGCUUCUCCUCAUCCACCAUUGCCGCCGUCGCCGCCCCAACAACCAACAGUCUGCCAACUGCAAAAGUGAUUAAUCUCGACGGCACACUCAUGGAAUACUCACAAACCGUCAAAGUAUCCCAUGUUCUAGGCCUCAACAAAUCCUCCUCCUGCUUCGUCUGUAACGCCGACAGCAUCUUCUACGGCCAGUUCAUUCAAGCAUUGGGCUCCGAUCGUUUCAUUGAGCUUGGUCAUCUCUACUUCGUGUUGCCGCCGGGGAAGCUCGAAUAUCGCCUCACGGUGGCAGACAUGGUGGAGUUGGCCGUCAGUGCUAGCUCUGCCUUCGUCGCUGUGGCAUCGACGACGACCGCGAGGAGCCGUGGAAGAACUAGGAGGAGGAGAACGGUUGCUGAGGUUAUGCCGAUUGUAGAAACAAUGGAUUUCGAUUGCUAUAAAAGGAUCAAUGAAUUUAGUGUUGGAAGUUUGAAAUAUGGUUUGGGUGAGAAGAACAGUGUUGCGAGGUCAUCAAAGGCAAAGGUUGAGCGCAAUUGAAGAAGAAGUUGCUGAGUUCUUUGGUUAAUUAAUAUGUACAGUUCUGCCUUCUCUAAUUCUCUUCCCAUCAUGAAAUUAAUGAUAGGACUGAAUAUUUGUUCAGCCUUGUUAAGGUUUUUGGCAUAAA